CUGCCGGGUGCUGCCCACACUCCGUCACCUGCCUGGCUUCUGCAGGCUGAUCUCGCCACCACUCCUGCUUUCUGCUGGCCUGCAAACUCUGAUGGCAGAGGGCUCCUGUCCGCUCCAGACUGCCACACUGGCAGGAGAUGGGCAGGAUGCAGGUGCUGAGGAGGAGCAGAUGUGUCCAGCGUGGCUGGAGCUCCAGAUGUGUGGGACUCACAGGGGAUGUGGCCAGCUGGCCCUCCCUCACCAGCCUUGUCCCUCUGUGGGAGGGGGUGACUGCCACGCAGGCCUGUGGCCUUCCUCUCCCCUCCCACCACGCAGCUCUGCUUCUGUUUUUUGGCUCUUCCUCUUUCGCGCCGGCUCCUGAUCUCUUCCAGCACCACCUCCCCUCCCGGCUGCUCGCCUCAGGGCCCCAGAGGUCCUUCAUCCGAGAUGUGAUGUGUGGGUGCUGACUCCAAUAACUCCAAGCUGGGCUCGGCUACCUUUUCUCGUGGCGCUGUCUGACUAGCUCUAUUUUGAGGGAGUGGCCAUCAGUUCCUGUGACUUCCGCUGUUGCAGAGUGCUGUUUUUUCUGUGGGGUGCAAUGGCCUGGAUGCUCCUGGGACUGUUUUCUGGUGUCGCUCUACACCUGAUUUUGCAGGGCACAGCCCUCAUCGACAGCGUACACUGAGGGGCAUCUGGGUGAGUGUUCCAGCCAGAUGCUGGGCAGGAACCCAGGCCCACGACCUGUGCCUCGGAACAGCAGAGUGAGGCGCUCCUCUGCAGGGUCGAGCAGCGCUGCCUCGGAGUCCAUCAGUGGGUGGGACUCGAGGAGCUGGACGCGGGUGCCCCUGCGUGGUCUGGGCUCUGACCCACGGUGCUGGUCUCUCGCUCACUAUUCACCCUCACUCCAUCCUCGGGACCAGUGCACCUCCCCUCAUCUCAGGUGGAACACCAAGACUCUGAGAGACAGUGACUUUCUCAAGGCCACACCUCCCAUGAGGGGCUCAUGGGCCCAGGUCAGUGGAUCCCAGACCCUGCUGCUUCUCUCCCCACGGCUGCUCCCGGGGUGGCUAAGGGAGGCCUGCUUUGCCGACCUGAUGAGUCCAGCAGACGCUGUUUCAGAUUCUCCUGGCCCCACACGGACACCACAUCUCUAAGGGAAAGACCCCAAGGACAUAGAGCAGAUUCUUGGUUUCCUCCAGUUGGGCUUGUGGCCGCCGCCCCCCGAACCUGGCCGCCACCAGCGUGCCGGGCCCUGCGCGGCUCGGCCGUGAGCCCUCCAGGAAGCGGCCACCGAGGAGCCGCCAUGGGGCUUAGACUGUCCUGCCUCAAAGGCUUUAAGAUGUGUGUCAGCGCCAGCAGCAGCCACGACGAAGCCCCGGUCCUCAGUGACAAGAACCUGGACGUGCCCAACAUCAUCAUUACUCCCCCAACGCCCACGGGUGUGACGCUGCCAAGGGACCCCCAGCGGACAGUCUGGCUGGAUGAGAUGGGGUCUUGCCCAGAUGAUGGAGAGAUGGACCCUGAAGCCUGACGAGGAACAGCAGGACGGCACCAGCCAGGCAGCCUCUGCACCACAGCCCGGCUCUGGACGUCCAGGAGUGGCCACCCGGGCAGGUGUGCUGAGCAACUGGGUAGGGACCGCAAAUCCUGCCCUGGACCAAGACAGGGCAGCUGGAAGAAUGAUGUAUCUCAGGCCAGAGGCCCAGGGCCUCCAUGCUCUCCCUGACCCUGGUGUGGUAAAGGGAGGGGACCCUGUCCUGUGGCCAUGGUGACGCCUGCCAGGGAGCCAGAGGAAGGCCAUCUUCCAAAUGAACACGCACUCCCGGGGCCCUGGUCCCUGAGGGCAGCAAGAGCUCCUCUCCAGUGGGGCGGCUGCCUUUCUUACAAGCUCCAGAGGUUGAAGCAGACCCCACAGUGAUUCAUGGUUUCUUUUUUGCAUUGUGAAUAAAGAUCCUGCGAAACAGUGA